AUGGCUGAUUCUUCAGAAAGUCGCUGGGAGAAGCAUUAUGGCGUUGGCGAGACACACCCGCCGCGUCAGAACGGCCUAUCAUGGAUGGACCCGAUCUUCCCCUUCAUUGACCCGCAGACGCUCGAAAUCAACGAACCGCACCCCCAAACGAUUCCACAGCCGGUUGCUUCUGAGCUGGAAGAACUUCUUCUUUCGGAACGACAGCAACUUGCGUGUUUCUCCGGAUUGCGGACCUGGGAAGCUGCGGUGCUGGCAAAGACGGAAGCCUACACUGCAAUAGGGGAGGGACAAGCUGUGAUUGGCAACGAGAUACAAGUCUCCGAGUCGUCUUGGCUCCCUAUUUUGUCAAGAGACCGUUGGAUGAUUGACUUCACUGCGCCCCCAAAUUCAUCCACUAAUUGGUCCGGAUCGCAACUCUGGAGUGCGCACGAUCCAAUCAUUUGGGCAGUUCUCAGAGAGGCAAUACAGAUUGCCGAUAACAUCUUACGGAAAUCCCUUGAAGGAGACUGGCUACAAUCUCUGCUCAAUCCGGAUAACGUCGAGAGCCAUAAAACGACACACUUAUCAGGUUCGAGUGAGGUCGGUAAAGUCUGGAGAAUGAAAUCAUCUCCCGUUAGUCGCAAGCCAGCGAGAGAACUGAUUCAUAUAUUGUCAUCCCCUUCCCUUGUGAACAGAAUAUAUUGGGCAUUCAUUGACAAAACAACAUUGAACGUCUAUUCACCGGAUGCAAUUAUCCAGGGAUUGACGGCACAUCCCGAUAGUGAGGUAGGGCCGAUCACGGUCUUCAUCAAUAUCCUUGGCCUGAAGACGCUUCUAGAUGCAGACACCACCCAAUCUUCGAAAAGAGCGGCGUUGGUGAAUCUUGCGGACACUCUAGUUCAUGAAUUGACGUUCGGCCCACUGGAACACCAAUGCGAACUCGGGUGGUCGUUUGAAAAACAUGCAUUUGGAGGUUCUGUGGUUGGACAUAUCCCCACACGCUAUGAAGACUCCCACACCACAACCUUCGCACCAUUGAUUCUAUCCAUCACGAAGUUUCCCUAUAUAUCUGAUCCUGCACUCACCUAUGACUUUCUUUUGGAUAGCCCCACCAUCCACACGCGCUGGCCUAUGCCGUCACUUUGGCACAAUUCUUUAUGUUCCGAGGCUUUCUGGACUCAGACCGUUUCCAAGUAUGAUUAUUCGAGCCUACAGGCACCCAAAAUGCUUGAGGUUACGAGGGAGCAUGGAAAUCAAGCCUGUAUGCAACCUUGGAUCUGCGCCAUAGAAAAGUCAGCUCGUUUCAAGGAAGAGUUUGUCCCUCAAAACUUUCAGGCCGAUGCGCUCAAGAUGUCAGCUAGGAGUUUACAGAGCAGGCGGCUCAAGUAUCAAAGAAUGCGUCCGUGGUUCAAAGACACGUAUGCAAUGUGGCAGAUGACGCCCUACAGCCAUUACGAUCCUCGGCACGAACUUUCACGUCUCAUGAAAGUUCCGUUAGCUCUCAGGAACCAUCGUCACGAGUUUGACACAAGUUGCCUUGCAAAUGCAUGGAUUCAUCCACUGCGCAUGGGUUACAAUCAGUACGAUGUACUUGAAUAUGAAGUUUCUCGACAAGAUUUUCAAGCGCGCAUUCUUGACGAGAACAAAACGCAGUGGUUCUGGCGGGCUAUCGCAUUCGCAGAACGGUGGAUCUACCCGCCGAUCAAUUUACCUAGGCGACACCUGCUACAUCCCAACGAUCCAUAUUUGACUCGCGAAGACCGCCACAGCUGCAUUGACUUAGCGCAGACCGCAUUCGAAACAUACAUCUCACUCUGUAUUGAGCCAGAUGGGUUGCAAGACGCCUUCGUAGACGAAUGUUCGAGCUUGAGAGCCCAACUGGACGCCGACCAUGUACACGGUUUUACCUCGUGGCUUGACUUCCGCUUCCAAAUGCCUCAGUACCCCGGGCACACGUACGACCUUAGGACACUUUCAUUGUUGGACUUUCAUCGGGCGGGUGUGAACUCUGAGAACUCCCAAGACAAGGACAUUGGAGACAGAGCUGCCGAGAUAUUCCAUGGGGAAGACCCGGAAAAAUACCCCUCGAUAGACUUGCCGGCUUUUGCGAAGAGUGGAAUCGUCUCUGUGCCUUCUCAGUCAGGUGAGAGUUAUCAGCGAUAUCAUCUACCUUACUACACAGUCGCCGAGCUGUACGAUCACGCGAAAAUGCUCAAAGAUGAGCUCAUUCUGGUCGAGAAUGGGCACCACCUGGAUGUUCACAAAUGUUCUGCCAUCUGUCAGUCGCUUGAGCUUGAAGAGGAUGAACUACCUGAGUUCACCAAGCCCAGUUUCUAUGGCACUCAAUUGACUGAUUACGCCGUGGGGUGUCUUUACGAGGCCGACGUACCUUCCUUGCCCUUGGGGCGAGUAAUUCGAGUCUUACGGGAAGAUGACAUUGCCCAGUGUGAUGGAACUGGUGGGGAUCCGUUAUGGAUCCGCAUACAUAACAGCGUUUUUGAUAUUACUCACUUGAAGUGUGUAUCGGAGCCGGGACUAAGGAGACUCUUGGCGAACAACCCCAGUGGAAAUCCAUCUCUCGAAUUACUGCAAGAUGGGUAUUCCCUCGAAGAAAUCAAAAAGUCUCUGGCACCUUGGCGGGUUGGUAUGACAGCCAAAAUCCCAGGUGCUGUUGCCGACAAGCAUUUCGUCAGAACCUUCACGUCCCAAUCACUAAGGAAACACGAGUUUAGAGAGACAGGGAUGUACAUAGCGAUCGAGAAGAAAGUUUACAACAUCACUGACUAUGCCGAGACACAUCCGGGAGGGCUCCAGUGUUUGGUCGAAAAUGGUGGACGAGAUAUUACAGAUCUCUUCAAUCAAUACCACCAAACAAAUCGCAACCGGGUUCUAAAAGGUCUGCAGGAGUUGUACAUUGGCAAUCUGAUAGAGCAGCGACAGGAAUUUGCAGAUGACGAUGUCGAAAGUCUUGCCAACGGCAGGCCCGUGCUUCCACAUGAGAUCAGGUUCGGCAGUGAGGUCUACUCGGUGCAAGCGCUCAGAGAGUCAGACGAGUAUGAAAAGUUCUCCGGACUCGUGGAUGACCUCUCCCCUUACCUUGGACUCGAUGCCACUGAGGCCUUACAAGCAGAAGAAUACGACGACGGGCCGCUCAUGCGAUUUGCUUGUCUCAGAGGAUACAUUGUAACACAUGUUGAAGACAUCGGCUAUGGUCUCCCGGAAAUUGAGUCGGAAGAACUGAGAAUGUUCGAUGGACACACCGAUGUGGGUUACGAUAUGCAAUACGACGCAUUUGUGGCUUCAGAUGACUUUGUCUAUGAUAUGACAUGUGAGUUCCCUUCAUAG